AUGAUAUACCGCCUACUAGAUAAGUCUUGGAAGGGAUGGAAGCCGCUCCGCCGUUUACUGAAUAACUUGCUGGUUUGUUUUCCAGAUUACGAAGCGAACAUUGUUGCAAUGAAACUAUGUGAACACGAAAAUAUCAUGAAGAUAAAGAAGACACAGAAUAGUACAGUUACUCGUCGUGGUCGGGUUAAAAGAAGUAUCUUCCGUCGAGACACCACAACGAGAGUUCAUGAUGUAUUUGACUCCACGUCUUCUGAAGAAUACGCCAGCCAUAAGAUCCAGAUAGACGACAUUCACGGUGAUCAAAAUAGUUCAAGUAUUCCGGGAAAGCAAGCAGGUCUGUACCUCCAAGGACACAAGGGGGAAAAGGCAAAUAAGAAAAAAGGUGAACCAUUAUUAGAAGAAAUAGCCCCAAAUGUAUUCCAUCUGUUUUCUGAAGAGACUAUCGCAGAACGCAAGAUCGCGGAAAAUAGUGACGAAUGCCCUGAUACAUGCCCGGCUCAUACCGAUAUGAUUUGUGUGAAAUAUCUGCACGGUGUUUACAAGACAUUCCCGUCAACUUGUCAUUUGAGACAAUACUGCUGCUCGAACGGGGGCGAAAGCCGGCGGGAAAACAGGCGAACUGAACUGAAUGAAAAAGGAAAAAACAAGCGAAUAACUAUGAGAUCGUCUCGUGUUUCGAAAAUCCGUAAUCUAAAGGACUUAUGCAAAGACAUCGAGUUGGUCUCACGACACCCAUGUAUUCUAUCAGUUCCUUUUAUUGAUAGUAACGGAGUGACGUCACGCGGGAGAGUGUAUAACCAAAACGCAAACGACGUUAUACUUGGUUAUAUCAAGUGCAAGUCUCUAGACCUUUUGGGCAAAUCUGAUCCUAGAUGUCCAUUCUAA